CAUAUGCAAACGUUUAUAUGUAUGUCACACUUCAAACAGCUAUUCAAAAACAGUUGAAACCUCCAUAUAAUAAUAUUCCUUUUGAUAUCCGUCAAGUUUAUUAUCCUAGGAGUUUGGAUGAAAGACUUAUUGGCAGUGGAUCAUCUGCAUCAGCUUCUUUAUAUCAAUUUAAUCAAAUUCAGCAAAAUGCACAAGACGACGAAACAGCAGAUGAAUCUGAAUUU